AUGCCGAGCAUGUUCUCGCGGAGACGAGGGAGCAGCGCCAGUCGACACAGCGCUGUGCCUCUCGACCAGACUACGCGAUCCGCCGCCGCAACAGCUGCCGCCCAGGCCUUCAUCGCUCGUCCGCCCUCGAAUGGCAACCUCUCAUCUGCUGCCGCGGCGGCAGCCUUACGAUCUGUCACGAGCUCACCGGAGCCAGUCGGGAGCAUACAGACGAAGCGAAUGGUACGGCGAGGCUCGAAUGCGUCCAUUGGGAGCAACAGUAUCAUGAGCGCACGAGGAGGACUACAAAGACGCGACAGUGGAGGCUCUAUGACCGAGCGGACAUUCAGAUCACCAUCUCCAGGCGGCAGAGGCAAUGGUGCAGUGUCUCCAGCUGUAAAUGCGCCGCCUGUUCCGAUGAUACCCCAGAGCAUUUACACGAGGCAGCAUCAGAGGUCAUCGAGCAUGGAGCCGCAGCAACGCGUCAUCUCGCCGACCCCUGGGCGCGGUGAGAGAGCUUCGAGUAUGGACAGGAGGACUGGUCCCCCGAGCGCUGCAAGAAGGGGCGGAAAGAGGUUGUCGAAUGUCAAUGAAGAGCUGGACGGGACCAAUAACAACAGUGGCGUCAACUUCUCGAGACCGAGGACCUCCCAGCCGAGCAGUCCAGUUUCGCCUACCACCGACAAGCAGUAUACACAUGGGCCUGGUAACUGGUUCUCUGAGCCCAUUCCUGAAGCGACGCCCUCGCGACAGCCGGCCCAGAAGUCUGCCCUCGAAUCGAAGAUCGACAGGAUACAAGCAGCAGCAGGGCAGCCCGUGAAGAGAGACGAUACUGUUAAUACUGCGCAGGGUACAUAUCUGCAUCAAGCAGCCCAGCAGGUCGAGCUUGAGCGUCCCACAGCCAGUCGCUCAGGCUCUUACGAGACAUCGGAUGCAAUUAUGGAAUACGACCCGGCGUCAAGAACAUUCAUCUCGAGGCCAAGACCGCAGCCAAAGGUAGCACCUCCGCCAGCGCCCGUUCCAGCCCAACAGCUCCCGCAGAUACCGAAGCUCAGACCUGGCCAGUACGAUCCACACACACGGUCCAUUGUCCCUUACCCGGAGCAGAAGACGUUAGCGCCGGCUUUGAACCAACGUGCGAGCUCGAUGACAGUACUCUCGCAGAAGUCAAGGCCGAUAAUCGAUACGAAUGUUGCGCCGCCUCCACGGAAUCCUGCUCGCCUGUCCCCGAUCAGCAGUCCGUCAGCGAAAGGUCUGCACAAGCAGCCUUCAGUCGUACACGAGAGGCCAUAUGAAGAGGAGAUACAAGCAAGCCCCAGCACGGGUAAAUACAUCACGACUUCUGCUGGACCUGUCAAGGCAUAUGUUGCUCCUACAACCAGACAGCAAAGAUCGUCGAGUCUCGACAUUCCUCGUGGGUCAUAUGAUGGUUCUACGCGAGGUCGGGGCUCUUCCACUUCGCCCAGCAGACACACCCACUUCUCUGCAAAGCCAGUCGUGCAGGGAACUAUCCACAACCCUCCGCCACGCGAUGUGUCGCCCAUAAAGUCGGCACUGAAGCAUUCGCCUGUGUCAUCUGUUAGGACCAGCUCGCCGCUAGCAAACUUCUCUCCAGGACCGCGUUCUCCAUCGAGCGAGACUUCAGACACUACAUCCCAAACAUCGCAGGAUGCAUUUUCAGGCAGGAAGAAGAAGAAGUCUGUCCGAGUCAGCUUCGACGAGCAGCCACAGGUCGUGGAGACCGUCACGAGUGCAUCAAUCCGGGCCCCUCUUGAUGACUCCGAGGAUGAUGAGCUUAUGAAGCCAAGACCUGCACUGCCAAGCUUCGGCAGUGUCAGGAAUCAGCGCAAUCCAGCGAUUGCAGAGAAGGUCACAGAGACGCCACCAGAGAGACACGAAAGCAGCAGCGACCAUGCAGUUGGUGGCAUCCUCAGGAACGCACAUGAGGCAACGCUGCCUAUUGCAUCGGAUAUCACAAGUAAAGAUGCUGCGGACUCUAUCAGCGACGACAGUGAUUCCGAUCUUGGUGCCCCUCUGGCCACAAGCACUCCAGCCCAGCCGCAAGUUGUCGGUUCCACGAAGGACGAGCCUACAUCUGAAGCACCAGUCAUUCGAGACUUCGCUGCUGUGCCUGACAGCAACGUCGACCUUGAUGUGCCUGCCAUCAACUUGUUGCCGCCGACGCCUGGUGCCGAAGAAGAGCAUAAGACGCUAAGCCCGGAUUCGUCGCCAAAGCACAAGCAAUCUUUCGAGAUCAACAUGCCUGGUAGUUGGCGAACGAGCGGCUCACAUGAAGCGGAAAUUGCUUUCACUGUCGAUGCCCAGAGCCAGGGCCCUGUCAUUCCUGACGAUCCGAUAAUUUACGAGAGUCCAAUGGAGCAUUCGCUAUUGCUGUCACCGAUCGAUGAGUCUGAAGAUGACUUCAGCGAUGCCCCAGAGGACCAGUCGGAGUUUGACAAUGGCGGCUUUGCUUCGCUGGAUGCCAUCGCUGUCAGCCCUAUCAUCAAUGCCACGUCAACGAACGGCACAGCGGGCACGACAUCCCCUCCUGAGAGUCCCACGGCAAACAGGACAACAAAGAGCGGCGAGAGGGGUGACGUUGAAGAUCGCAGAUCUGAUGGGGACUGGAGCCAAGCGACGGCUUAUUGGUCCAAGCUUAGUAGGCAACAGCGAGAGGCGAUCGAGCGCGAGCAUAUGUCUUCUGACGAUGAGUCUCGUCCUUCUGUGCCAAUCGCAAGGAAGAAGAAGACUACCGCGCCGAAGCCAGCACCAUCGGCUACCUAUGAGGAUGAUGAAAGCCCGCGUGCUGCGCUGAAGCCAGCUCUUAAGCCAGCGAUGCGUAAGAGCAUGCGUACUGAGCCUGAACCCGAACCUGUCGCUGCCCGCCCGGCGAGUCCCGAGAUAACCAUGCGCAAGAGUAUGCGCUCUAGUGGCAGUGUGAAUGCAGGCAAUGGAACGAGUACCGCCCGCACUGGUGGUAUGGCUUCGACGUUGCGGAAUGGACCGCCAGCGCCGAAACAAAGACAGUCUACUACUCAGCCUGCUGGUGGAUUCGCAAAUAAGAGCAUGCGGCCAACUUCGAGCGGGUCGCAAGCAAGUGUUGCGCUUGGUGCGUCCUCGGCAGGGGCUGCGAUGGUAAAGCAGCGACAGCAGCAAAGUGCACCUGCACAAGACUCAUCAUAUCCCCUUUUGAAGACUAAACCUGCUGCGAACGGCACGCCAGCAGUAAGCGCAAAGCUGCAGAAAGAUCUUGCCAACGACUCGGAUUCGGAAAGCAGCUUCAAGAAGCAGCGCAAGCAAAGAAGCGCUUCCACUAACACGACUGGUCGCUAUAGUAUGGCCAAGAGCAUGCGCGGCGGUGAUGUUGCGAGCCCAGCACCAGCGCGACCAGUGUCGCCUGAGCCGGUACGUGGCAAGGGCAAAGACUCGUUCAGCAUACGUUCAUUGUCUCCCGCUGGUUCUUUCUUUGGCCGCAAGAAGCGUACAGAAGAAGUCAAGCAGUCCAUUCGUGGCAGUACUACUGACAGCGGGUCACGUAUGAGUAUGCGCAAUCAGCCACCAGCAAGGACGAUGAGGCCGCAAAGCACGCAGCAGUCGAAGCCGACUACAUCAAGAUUCAAGUCACGAUUUGCGGAUUCCGACGAUGAAGAUGAUGACGACAAGCCAAGCAGCAGCUUCUUCAAGAGCAGAUUCGCUACGGAGUCGGACGACGAGGAUGAUGAUGUCUUCAUACCUGCUACUUUGAGACCUGUGCGCGGCAUCCCACGGAAGCAAGGCCAGACUGAUGGCGACUCCACUGAUCUAGAAGAUGAGGAGGACAACUCGCGGACAUCUUCACGUGGACGGGAGAAGAUGGCAGCACCUAUCGUGCCAGCAUCUGCGGAUAUCGACGCAGCCAUGGAGAUCGCACGAAAGAAGCUGGGCAUCACCAGUGCCCCGACAGAGCCAGCAGCAGGUAAUCAAGGUGGGGCAUUGCAGCAAGGCAGUCUUCGAACCUCAGCUCCGCAGCCAGAACCAAAGAGCAAGCCAGAAGAAGUCGAUACCACACCCAGGAAACGGGGCUGGAGUCUUCUACGCCGCAACCGAAACAGCGCAAGCUCGGUCACACAAGUCACAGCUCGUCCAACGAGCGAUGUUCCACCUGUUCCACCUGUCUUGCCCAGUCCCACUCUGGCUGGUCCCAUCGCCCCAGCGCUUGACACGACGGAGCAACCAUCAACCCCCAUGUCACGCCCACAAAGCCCCACAGUGAGUCCCGCCGGCAGACUCAUCCGCCGAUCCUCCGCACAGCAAGCUCCACGCUUCAAGCGCGGCGACUCGACAUACUCCAACGCUACUGCUCCGCCCGCUGUAGGCGAGAGCACUGUGAACGGCGGCUGGCCUUUACCUCCAGUCCCCAAUGUGCCAGACAAGUUCGCCGAUCGUCCUUUCACGAGCGAUGGCGGUCCACAAGUGAGGUUCGAUGAUAGCAGUGAUGUUGGGAUGAACUCUGCCGCGGAGGGGAGAGGUGGUGUGUAUAGUGCGAGAACGGGCAAGAAGAAGAAGUUUGGGUUGUUGAGGAAGGCUUUUGGGUUGGCGGAUUAG